UGUCUAGUGAAGUAAAGUCAACAAUAACAAGUAAAAUACAAAUUUGAUUUAAUAAAUCCCAAAAAACAGUGCAUUAUUACUGGUAUUAAUAAUUCAUAUUUCAAAAUUAAUAUAAUUUUCAUCUGUGCACAAAAUGGCGGAUUACUGGAAAUCAAACGAUCGGAAAUACUGCGACUUCUGCAAAUGUUGGAUAGCAGACAACAGACCGAGCGUGGAAUUCCACGAAAAAGGCCGCAGGCAUCAGGAAAACGUGAAAAAACGUCUGAAAAACAUCUCCAAAGCCAGCGCACGGGCCCAAAAGGCCGAAGAACAAGUGGAUGUCGCCAUCAAGAAAAUGGAAGCAGCCGCCAUGGUCGCCUACCGUCGCGACGUCGAAUCUAACUCCAGCGCCGACUUGACUUCAAUUGCAAUUUCCAAAAAACUAAAAGAAGAUAAUUUAGAACUCAGCGGUAGCUCAAAUAAGAUUUGGUGCGAAGCUAAAUCGAAAGAAGGCCACGUUUACUAUUACAACACCCUAACGAACGAAUCCGUUUGGGAACCCCCGAAAGAGGGCUACUCGACCAUCGAAGAGCAAGCUCAAAUCAGAGACAAACGAGCGGAUAACCAGCUCAAAGAACUGGAUAAACAACGUAAAAUGGAGGGUUUGAAAAUCGCUCGACAACAACAAGCCGAAGCUGAAGAAGAAAGGGCGAGAAUCGAGCGAGAGAAACUUAAAGAAAGGAGAGUUAAAGAGGAAACACCACCGCCCGAGUACGGGCCUAUUAUAGAGCCCGGCAAGAACGAUCCCUACGGCAAGUGGAAAACAGUAAAAGAGGAGCCGAUAAUGGAUUUGCAGUUACCCGUUGUACAAGAGGAGUGGACCGAGUGUCCUGUGCAAUACGAACCGGAACCGAUAAAGAAAGAGUUUAAAGAGAAAACUGUGGAAAAUAUAGACGAUUGUGGUCCCGCGUCGUUUAAAAAGAGGAAGAAGUUUGGGGGUGGUAGAAAUGUAAGGCAACGGUUAGACGAUGAUUAGAAUAGAAUGUAAAUUUGUAAAGAGUAUAAUGAUGUAAAUAUGUAAAUCUAUUGAUAAGUAUUAAAA